AUGCCCUUCUUCUUCAGUGAAGCGCGCAGACGACGGAAGUAUGGGGCUGCCACUGGUGGAACUGCUCCUGUCUAUUCCACGCCGUCCGAUUCUCCUCCGUACGCACUGAACCCGUCGACGACUCUCUUCCAGCAGCAGGAGCCUCAUGCUGUGUGGCCCCAGCACGAGGGUCUCUAUGCCGCAUCUGGCCCAAGGCCUCACAUUGGCUCCACGGUUUCCCUGCCCCAGAUUCACAACCCGCAACCAGCGUACAGUCCAAGGCCUCUGCAGCCACAUCAUACCUGGUCGCAGCCGCAGCCGCAGCCGCAACCGCAAACAGGAUAUGCGGCCUCGUACCCGGUCUGGUCCGCCAACCACGACUUGCAAGAUAAGAUUGGAGACAAGUUGGGCGACGUGAUAUCCCUGAUUGACGAAGAGGCCUUUUUCGGCUCUGCGGGAGACCUUGCGAUAACAAUACCAGACUACUCAAGUCAUGGGGAUGACGCUCCCAUAUACAGCACAGCGCAUCAGUCAGCCACUGCCAGGGCGUUGGUCAGGCAGGAUAGGGCUCACCCACGGAGUCAGUCGAAGCAAGUCAAUGUGUUCUCGAAAGUCGAGCUAUACAUGAAUUCCCGACUGCCUGCAACCCUGCCGCCUCUACGAAUAUACAUGCCGACAUAUCCCCUCUUGUGCCUGGCAGCACAGUACUCGGCCAGCGCGUAUCACUCGCCGCGUUCGGCUGUCGAACGGAAGGAUUUCGUCUCGGCCGACAACCGACUCGGCACCAAAGCCAUGGUAGUCAAGUCGAUACCGUGCGAUGACAGGAAGACGAUCGUGUUCGCGAUCCGCGGGACCAGUAUGCUCAGCAUCCGCGACUGGGGCGUCAACCUGAGUACCGAACUCGUGUCGCCGGCGGGGUUUCUCGACGACCAAGGCAACUUCUGCCACUCGGGGUUUCUGAAGGUUGCCAAAGCGAUGAUCAAGCCUAUCGCUGCAAGGCUGCGGUAUCUUCUGGAAGAGAACCCCAACCGGACCAGCUGUUCGCUGUUGAUCACUGGCCACAGUGCGGGCGGGGCGGUCGCCAGUCUUCUAUACGCCCACAUGCUCGCCGAGACUGUGCAGUCAGAACUCAACAUCUUGACAGGCUGCUUCAAGAGAGUCCACUGCAUCACCUUUGGUGCGCCGCCUGUAACUCUGCUGCCUCUACAAAAACCCGAGACCGCUGACGGGCGACUACGCAAAUGUCUGUUCCACAGCUUCAUCAAUGAAGGCGAUCCAGUGGUCCGCGCUGAAAGAGCAUACGUCAAGAGUCUCGUUGAUCUUCUCGCCAGCCCGGUUCCGGUUUUGGCUGCCAACAAACCCAAAGUCAAGAUGCAGCGUCCUGCAAUAACAACAUGUCCGUCAACUUCUCCCUUGACCGUGCUGGGAGCUUCAAUGUCUCGACUCGAUCUGUCAUUGCUGCCAUCAAAGAAGCCGAAUAAAUCGAAGCCUGCCUUGGGAACCGGCAAACUAUGGUGGGAAGUACCGCCCGCGACUUUAUCGAAUGCUGGCCGCUUGAUAGUCCUGCGCGUGCCGGAUGGUGGGAAGGAAGCUGAUGUGACGGCAUCCAUCGUCAAGGACGAGCAAUUGCGACAAGUCAUCUUUGGCGACCCAGUCGUUCAUGCAAUGGAUCUGUAUGCGCGCCGCAUCGAGGCUCUGGCCGUGAGGGCCGUCACAGGGAGGAAUGGGGCAUGUUGA